AUGAGUGAAGAGAAUGAUCCACUGAUGGCUGCCUUUGAGCAGGAGAAUAAUCAAACCGGGGAGAGAAAUACUGAUAGUAAUAAUAACGAUAGUAAUAAUAACAAUAAUAAUGAGAAUCAGGAACAAGCAAGAGAGCCUGAACCGGAACAACCAAGGCUAAGUCCUGAGGAAGAGGCACACAACAAGGCCUUAAAUGAGUUCAAGAAGAAAUUGAUGGAGCAUAGAAGGUUUGAAGAUCAGUUGAAACAGAGAAGACAAAACAUACGAGACUUGGAAAAGGCCUAUGACAGGACCGAAAAUGAUAUCAAGGCCUUACAAAGUAUUGGUCAGUUGAUUGGUGAAGUUAUGAAAGAACUUUCAGAGGAGAAAUACAUCGUCAAGGCAUCAUCAGGUCCUCGCUAUAUCGUUGGUGUAAGAAACUCUGUAGAGAGAUCCAAAUUGAAGAAAGGUGUUAGAGUGACACUUGACAUUACGACUUUAACCAUUAUGCGUGUAUUGCCUCGUGAAACUGAUCCCUUGGUUUACAACAUGACAAGUUUCGAUCAAGAUAAUAUCUCAUUUGACGGUAUUGGUGGUUUGACGGAUCAAAUUAGAGAAUUAAGAGAAGUCAUAGAAUUACCACUCAAGAAUCCAGAAAUUUUCCAAAGAGUUGGUAUCAAAUCACCCACAGGUGUUUUGCUGUAUGGUCCCCCUGGUACAGGUAAAACCCUUUUGGCCAAGGCCGUGGCGGCCACCAUCGGUGCCAACUUUAUCUUUUCACCUGCAUCAGGUAUUGUGGAUAAGUAUAUUGGUGAAUCUGCACGUAUCAUUAGAGAAAUGUUUGCAUAUGCCAAAGAACACGAACCUUGUAUUAUUUUCAUGGAUGAAAUCGAUGCCAUUGGUGGUCGUAGAUUCAGUGAAGGUACUUCUGCAGAUCGUGAAAUCCAACGUACAUUGAUGGAACUUCUAACACAAAUGGAUGGUUUCGAUAGUUUAGGUCAAACAAAGAUUAUCAUGGCUACUAACAGACCAGACACUUUAGAUCCUGCCCUAUUGAGACCAGGUAGACUGGAUAGAAAGAUUGAAAUUCCUCUACCUAAUGAAGCCGGUAGACUGGAAGUGUUUAAGAUCCAUACUACUAAUGUGAAGAAGGCAGGUGAAUUUGAUUUCGAAGCUGCUGUUAAGAUGAGUGAUGGAUUUAACGGUGCAGACAUUCGUAACUGUGUUACUGAAGCAGGUUUCUUCGCCAUUAGAGACGACCGUGAUCACAUUAUACCUGAAGAUAUGAUGAAAGCCGUUAGAAAAGUGGCUGAAUCGAAGAAAUUGGAAGGUACUGUGGAUUAUCAAAAGCUAUGA